AUGCAAGCCGUCUAUGAAGAUUUUGAACUGGACAAAAUGGACAGUAGGGAAAACUAUCAUUCCCCAAAAGAAACAGAGGACGAUAUUUAUGUGAAUAUGGAAGACUGCCACCCAAAGCUAAAAAAAUGCUCAGGACCACAAGCAGUGGAUGAUGUCUAUGUGAACACACAGCAGCUGCAUCCAAAGACCAAAACAUGCACAGCUUCAUCUGGUUGCAAAGUGGUCAUAUUUGCUCUUGGUCUUCUACUGCUUGGAGCUUUAGCAUCACUCUGUGCUGUAGGGAUCUUGUAUCACAGUAAAGUUGUUUCCACUGAGAUAUUAAGGGAGAGACAUGACAAUGCUACAGCCAAACUGAUGGGGCUAAAAUACAAAGCCACUGAAACAAAACAACUGAAAGAAAUGUUGAAGGCGAAAUAUCAGCAAGUUCAUGAACGUCUCUCUGCAUGCAGUGGAUGGAAGUCUCUUGGUUUAAAGUGUUACUACUUCUCCACUGAUAAAUUGAACUGGACACAGAGUCAAGAUUACUGUGUGGAGAAAGGAGGCCACCUGGUCAUUAUAACCAACCAACCUGAACAGAAUUUUGUAGUUUCACAAAUCAGAGAAACACACUGGAUUGGCUUGAAUGACUUGGAGACUGAGGGACAGUGGAUGUGGGUGAACAACAAGACCUUAAACGAGACGCGUGUAACGUACUGGUAUAGUGCUCCAGGGAGACCAGAUGAGCCUGAUAACUGGAAAGUGGAGGACCCUGCUGGAGAGAACUGUGCUGCUCUGGGGAAUGAUGGCAGUAGCCCAAAUAAAUGGUUUGAUGCUUCUUGUCGUAAGCAGAAACAAUUCAUCUGUGAAAAAUAA